ACCCGCCGGACCCGGAUGCCUCUGGGGGGUGGGAGGAAACGAGCCUUGGUCCCCAUGCUCGCGGCCACCUUUGCAGCCCUCGUCACCUUCUGCUGCCCAGGCGCCCGGCAUCAGCGAGGCCUGCCGGGGCCCCGCGGAGCUGCGGCCGGCUCGGGUCAUCAUCCGUGCGUGUCCACCGUCCCCGGGCGAGGGGGAGAGAGGCCGGCCUGCACCCGCGGGGAGCCGGCCACGCUCCGCCCUCCCCCGGCCUCGCCUCCCGCGACCCGUGACAGCUGCCAGUCCUCGUCAGGAGCAGCGGCGGAGCGAGGGGCCAAUGACUGCGGCGCGGGCGAGGGGCGUGAGGACGCCUGCACGGGCUGUGCGCGUCGUGGCCAGGCCCCGCCCCGCCGCGCCCCGCCGCGCGCGGAGCUCUCGCCCCGCACCGGGCCGCUGAAAUUGUUCCGCUGCGGACAUCGAGCCGGGUCUGCCACAAUGCUGCUGCGGCUGUACAGGACUGUGGUGGUGGGACUUCCACGGGCCCUCAGGGUCAAGACAACUCCCUCGAGGCUCUGCAUCCCAGCAUGCUCCACAAAUGAUUCCUUUAGACCCCAGCACCCCAGCCUCACCUUUUCUGAUGAUAACUCGAGAACUCAGGGGUGGAAAGUCAUAGGGACCCUGCUGGGCCUUGGCGCAGUCCUGGCCUAUCAUGACUUCCGCUGUAAGGCUGCUCAGGAGUCGCCACGGAUGUACACUAAGGAGGAAGUGAGGUCCCACAACAGCCCCGAAACUCGAGUCUGGGUAACUCUAGGCUCUGAGGUCUUCGAUGUCACAGAGUUUGUGGACCUACACCCAGGAGGGCCAUCCAAACUGAUCCUGGCAGCAGGGGGUCCCCUAGAGCCCUUCUGGUCCCUCUAUGCUUUCCACAACCAGCCCCAUGUACGUGAGCUACUGGCCGAGUAUAAGAUUGGGGAACUGAACCCUGAGGAUGAGGUGUCACCCCCCACCUUGGAGGCCUCUGACCCUUACGCUGAUGAUCCUGUCCGCCAUCCAGCCCUGAGGAUUAACAGCCAACGCCCCUUUAAUGCAGAGCCUCCCCCUGAACUGCUGACGGAAAACUACAUCACGCCAAACCCUAUUUUUUUCACCCGGAACCAUCUGCCUGUGCCCAGUGUGGACCCGGACACCUAUCGCUUGCACGUAGUAGGGGCGCCGGGAGGUCAGUCGCUGUCCCUGUCCUUGGAUGAUUUGUAUAAGUUUCCUAAGCAUGAAAUCACCGUCACUCUGCAGUGUGCUGGCAACCGGCGCUCUGAGAUGAGCGAGGUUAAGGAAGUGAAAGGCCUGGAGUGGAGGACAGGAGCCAUCAGCACGGCCCGCUGGGCCGGGGCGCGGCUCUGCGACGUGUUAGCCCAGGCUGGCCACCGAGUCCGUGAGACCGAGGCCCACGUCUGUUUCGAGGGACUUGACUCAGACCCCACGGGGACUGCCUACGGAGCAUCCAUCCCUCUGGCUCGGGCCAUGGAUCCUGAAGCCGAGGUCCUCCUGGCAUAUGAAAUGAAUGGUCAGCCCCUGCCUCGUGACCACGGUUUCCCCGUGCGGGUGGUGGUUCCCGGCGUGGUGGGUGCCCGCAACGUCAAGUGGCUGGCCAGAGUGAGCGUGGAGUCGGAGGAAAGCCACAGCCACUGGCAGAGGCGGGAUUACAAAGGCUUCUCUCCGUCCGUGGACUGGGACACGGUAAACUUUGAUCUGGCCCCGUCAAUCCAGGAACUGCCUGUCCAGUCGGCUAUCACGCAGCCUCGAGAUGGGGCGACUGUAGAGUCGGGAGAGGUGACGAUCAAGGGCUAUGCAUGGAGCGGUGGUGGCAGGGCCGUGAUUCGAGUGGAUGUGUCCGUAGAUGGCGGACUCACCUGGCAGGAAGCUGAGCUAGAGGGAGAGGAACAACGUCCCAGGAAGGCCUGGGCUUGGCGGAUAUGGCAGUUGAAAGCCCGGGUGCCGGCAGAGCAAAAGGAGCUGAACAUCGUUUGUAAAGCUGUGGAUGACAGUUACAACGUGCAGCCGGACACCGUGGCCCCCAUCUGGAACCUGCGAGGCGUACUCAGCAAUGCCUGGCACCGUGUCCACGUUCGCGUGGUUCCGUAAAAGCGUGGAACAGAGCCGGCUGUACCCAAAGAACCACCCCAGACUUCCCAGCCCAUCCCUGAUCCUCGUUGCCAUGGGGAAAGCAUCUCCGUCCUCUUCUUGGGCCCUGACCCUGUAUUCACCGUGUCGUUCUUAAACUGCACCCAGGCACACACACACACACACGUUGCACAGCUCCACACAGGAACGUGGACUCUCCUGGCCUCCGAUUCCGCCGGGAGAGAGCGGUUGCAGAGUCUGGAGGUGAGAAAGCAGUUCUGAAGACAUUGCUUUCUUCUCCUACCACACCUCCACUUCUAAUGCCUCCCCACCCGGGGCCUUAUUUUCGCAUCGCUCAGAUGCUCCAGCCAUAUGUGUGUAGAAUGUGUAAAAACCAUACUUUACUGUUUCUACUGCCUAUGGGAAGCAAGGGCUCUACUUUAAAUAUAUAUAUAUAGAUAGAUAGAUACACCAAUAAAGUGUCUGUUGACGGUUA